UUUUUCUUCUUCUGUUUAACACGAUCUUCUAAAACAAUGUCAUCGGAAAACGUAUCGGUGACGCCGUCGCUGAGAGCAAUAGAAUCGGCGAUCAAACUCAUUGACGUCAAAAAAGAAGAACUCAAGAAGGCGUUCGAUGACCUCCAAGCCAACUCUCUGCACCUCUCUUCUUUCUCUGUAUCAUGGUCCGACCUCGAUACUCACUUCACCAAACUUAAAAACUCGGUGACUCAACGGUUCCGCACCCUCGAGUCCCGCGAAUCCAUUCGCAACCCAAUUGAUGACGCCUCCGUUUUAAAGCUCACUCUGUACUCAACUCAAUCGCCCGUGUCUAAACAGGGAGACCCACCGGCUCCCAACCCGUCACCGGAACAAGACCGAGUUGAAUCGUUCACUGGUACUAUGGUGAAUCAACCAUUAAAUCAGCUUGUAUCGUCAAAUGUUGAGAAACCAUCAUCGUCAAAUUCCGUGGGCGUGAAGUCUGAUGGUUCGGUUCCGCCGACAGGCGGCACUGGCUCAGUGGUGACUCGACCAGAACUGAAGGAGUUUUGUGAGAGAAUGGAUGGGAAAGGGUUGAGGAAGUACAUACACGACCGCGUAAAAGAACGGGAAGCUAUCCAAAUGGAGCUUCCCGGUGCAUUGAGUAGUGCUGCGGAUCCUGGGGCGAUGGUUUUGGAUGCAAUGGAGGGGUUCUACACUGAAAAUUCGCAGUCUAAAGAUGAUACAGAACCAGGAACUCUCGAAUUAAGGAGGGUUUGUGUGGUUUUAUUGGAGCAGUUAAUGGAAACUGGUAUAAGUAUCAAUGAAGAAGUGAGGGAGAGAGCAAAGAAGUUAGCUUUAGAGUGGAACGGCAAGGUCAAGUUGCUCAAAGAUAACUCUUUGGAGACGUUGGCUUAUUUGCAUUUAGUGGCAACUUAUAGUUUGGGACCAAUUGUUGAUAAGGAGGAGCUUGUUGAUUACUUCUUUACAAUUGCUAAAUUCCAGCAAGCUAUUGUAUUGUGUAGGUCAAUUGGUUUGGGGGAGAAAAUUCAUGAUUUGAUUAAAAAACUGUUAGAUGAUGAGAAGCAAUUGCUUGCUGUGAAAUUUAUAUUUGAGUUGGGACUAGCAGAAAAAUUCCCACCAGGACCUCUUUUGGAUGUGUAUCUUGAGGAUACAAAGAGGCAUGCAACUCAAGUAAGUGAGAAAGGAAAGAACUCUCUUAAGUCGCAGCAUAUUGCCGCUGAUGGAGAAAUUGAUGCCUUGAAAUCUGUCAUUAAAAUAAUUGAAGAGCGCAAUCUAGACACUGAGUAUUCACAAGAGCCCCUUCAGAAACGUAUUGAGCAGCUUAAGAGGCAGCAGGCAGACAAAAAAGCCCCUGCAACUCCUGCUACUUUCAAGCCUCAGCAGCAGCAGGCUGCACAGAAGGCCAUUCAGGUGGCAGCUAAGCAGGCAAAGAAGAAGAAGAAGAAGCGGGCACCGGCAAAGCAGCAACAGCAGAGUGGCAACAAGCAUCCUAAAACAACUGCAUCUGUUGUUCAUGCGGUACCCUCAUUGAGUGCUGCUGGCUCAACUUCUGCGAUUCCUCCGUUCCAGCAAGCUCAUCUUCGGCCAGCAGGCUUAUUGCCAGAUCAUUCUGCUGCAUAUUUGCGUUCACCAGCCCCUCCUUUUGGCAUGCCAUGUUCUACUCCUGUCGCUAAUCCUUAUGCAGGCCCAUCAGCUCAGAUGUAUGGUGUGGCAGGAGCUCCUAUGGGUUUCCCUUUGAAUUCAAACCCUGCCGCAUCCCAUUUUUAUAAUUAUGACAGGCGGCCUAUUUAUGGUGUAUAUGGUAUACCGCCACAAUACCAUCCAUCUUACCCUCCACGGUAGCUCAUGGUAUGCUUCCGGUUGCUAGGGCGUUGACCUUGUAUUGAUAUAACUGGAUUGUUUUGCAUAAACUUAAACUUGGCAACAGACUUUUCUUGA